CGUCCUCAAAAUUCGAGGAAGGUAAUACUGUAACAGUAGUGUAAUAACUACGUGUACGAAGGUACGAAAGUACCUUUUUCGUAUUUUACUACUGUAUUUGGAAGACUGCGAAUGAUGUACACGUAGAGAUGUACGCCCCACUGAAGGUCACUGAUGUACGAAAGUACUUUCGUACUUUCGUACUUUCGUACUACUUUCGAAAGUACCUUCGUUCGUACUGUACAGUUGUACACGUAGUCAACGCGUUAUUGUACGUGUACAGCUGUACACCUGUACACUGUACAGUACCGAAGGUACUUCGCUACUUCCGUGCGUACUUCGUUCGUUCGUUCAGCACUGUAUGUCAAAUCGCUUGAGCCAGAAGCGCGUUGGACGAUUCGAUUCGACAGUAGCUCGUGUGUCUGCUUCUCUGUCGUGGUCUUCUGUUUUCACUUGAUUUCGAAGGUACUAUCGUAUACGAAGGUAAUAUAUAUAUAUUGUCGAUAGAUACGGCGUCGACUGGCAGAUAGAGUUUGUAUUGUCAGCUGUAAAUACGACGUCGCUAGUGACGAGGACAGUUCACCCCAAAUCACUUGACAUGCAGUACAUAAGCUUUCGGCGCAUCCUUCGCAGAACGUGCACAGUAGUACUCUUCUGCACAUCUCUGCGAUGUGUUGCCAACUAUAUAAAUGUUCGCAUAAAUACAUCGACUGAGCAAGACGGUGCUUCAGGCGCCACGAGGUUCGGCGUUCAGCAUUUUCAAAACCCUCGACCGAUAGACAAUACACGCGACGAGGAGACCCAGUGGAGAACUUUCGUGCACACUUUCGAGGCCGAGAAUUCAGAUUACCAGGAUUGGUGUCGCGGGAAGUUGCAACAGACCCUGGGAAGCACGAAAUACUACACGAUGGGGUCUCAAUUCGAACAAGAUAUUUACAUGAUUCGAAAUAUAUUUUAUUCUCAAGUGCUCUCCGCAGAAAAAGGAUUUUACGUCGAUUCCGGGGCGAAUCAUGCGCAACAGCUAUCGAACACCCUAUUUUUCGAUGUGUGCUUAGGCUGGGAAGGGCUUUGCGCGGAGCCAAACGAAGAGUAUCAUUUAAGUUUGCGUACGAAUCGCACUUGCGUUCUCGCACCAGAGUGCAUUGCCGACGGGGAAAAGACCCUUCCGUUUGUUUUUGCUGGUGCCGGAGGGCGAAUCGCUUCAAAUGAUAGUUUGACGAGUUCAUCAGUGCAGUGCCGCAGACUCGAUCAAAUGCUCGACAAAUAUGCUCGGGGCAGGACGCACGUUGAUUUUUUCUCCCUCGACGUGGAAGGCUCUGAAAUGACCAUCUUGAAAGCGGUUCCUUGGGACAAAAUUAGUUUCAACGCUAUUCUGAUCGAAACUUUCUGGCUUUCCGAUAGAAUCGUAGACCGUUUCAUGACCGAGCGAGGGUUUGCGAAAGUGCAGCAGCUGGCAAUCGACAGUCUCUAUUUGACGUGGUCACAGCGCGACGAAGCUCGACCGUGGCUGCCCCCGAAUUGGGAACACUUUUGGGAACUUAAUACUAGGUACCGCGACGAAAUGCGUCUGAGCGGGCAGUUGAGCGACCAACUUUAAGUAUGUCACGCGAGGGAGUUGCCAUAGGGAUCUUGAAGGACACGGAGCACAGCUAAACCUAAAUGUUGGCUCCUCUGUUUCACCGCUCGAACCCAGGUAGCUAUCUAGCUCGAAUUAUUUUGCCACCGUACAAUGCAAGAACGAGGACCGGGACCGGGAGGCAACAGCAUCUCUAUUCCAUUCUACCUUCGUCUGCAAGAAGUGCUCUAGCUACUGCAGACGUUACUUUAUGAUAACUAAGCUCUCUCAUGUGC